AUGAAUCUAAUGACCAAUACUUCGGAAAUUGUCAUUGAUAGUUUUGAUAGAAUACAUUUACAUUGGAUAUUUUUGGUAUUGGAAAUAGUUAUAGAUGUGAUUAUAAUAAUUGGGGAUGUUAUUUUACUUAUGUUAUAUUUUACUAGAAAGUUAUUAGGACAAUCUACUAAUAUACUAGUUUUCUCUGUGGCAGUUGGGGAUCUGAUAUCAGGAAUUGCUACCCUGCCAUUAGACAUCCUUCAAAAAACUUUAGGGGAUUUAUCACCUUACGUUUGUAAAGGUUUCUUCUACUUUUCAAAUGUGGCAAAGACGGCUAUAUCAUAUACAAUAUUUUUACUUACUAUGGAACGAAUAGUUGCUGUGUUGAAUCAUAAAUUUCGGCUGCUAUCUCCAGGAAGAUGUUUAUUUUUCUGUAGUUUGACUUGGUUUUUUGCUGCGGCUUAUAAUAUAUGGGCUGUAGUUAUUUAUGAUACAGCUUAUGUGGAGAUUAGUGAGCUGCCUAAUCAAAAAUUAGCCAUGUGCUUUGUUGCUGAAAAAUUCCUAGAUUUAUACGCAAUAUUCCUAGUGCUGGAUUUCUUAAUUAUUUUUUUAUUUCCUGUGUGUGCCACGGCAGCGCUUUUCAUAGCUUUUGCCUUGACCAAGAACCCAGCUAAUCAACCAGGAAGACUGUAUAAACCAUCGUUAUCAAUUCUGGUAUUCGCGUUUGCUUUAUUUAUGUGCUUUGUGUGCUGUCACUUGCCUGCGGAAAUCGCGGCCUUUUGUAUCGACCAUCGAACGGGAUUAUAUCAGUUUACGGACCUCAGUGCCUAUAAAAUCCUUCACAUAUUCUCUUUCACACGUGGCUUUUGGGAUCUUUUUAUCUUCGGUACCUUUAGACAUUACGUUUGUAAAAAAGAAAAGGUGUUGGCACAGAUGAGAGAAGUCAAAGUACAGAAUUCAUUGGGAAUACCAACAGUAGCGCCAGCGUCAACAAGCUUACUAGAUAGCGACCAAGAAGUCUCCCAAAGGGCUUCCAGUGGAGAAAAAUCGGUGAUUAUUCACGAGAAUUGAUGUAUAUUAUUUUCAACUACAGUGAUUGAUAUACAUAGUCUAUUAACAGUAAAGAUUGCAGAUGAAAUGUUCUUAUGAUACCGGUACUGACUUUUGUUAAACUAAUUCUGAUUUUUGGGGUUUUAUUUUUCGUUUUCAUAAACUAGUUGAAAUUUUUAUACUGAUUUUGGGAUAAUACACACAUACGUAUACAGU